AUGCAUGUCUCCGUGUUCACACCUCCUACCCCUCUACCGUCAACGGAGAACUGGGGAAAGUUGGUAAGACGGGUUUGCAUUGUCCAACAACGUUCGACAAAAAAGUAUUUUGCUCUCAAAUACAUGAGCAAACGACGGUGUAUUGAUAAGGGUGUUGCUAGUAACGUACUUCGCGAGCUUAGCCUACUUCGUAAGUGCUCUCAUCCAUUCUUGGUCAACCUGUGGUACACAUUUCAGGACCGCGAUUACAUGUACAUGGUGACUGAUCUACUACUCGGUGGCGAUCUCAGGUUUCAUCUGAAUCAGCAAGGAAAAUUCGCUGAAGACAGAUCAAAACUCUAUAUGUGCGAAAUCUCGCUCGCCAUUGAAUACCUGCAUGGCAGGGGAAUCAUUCAUCGUGACAUCAAGCCGGAGAACAUUCUGUUAGACGAGCAAGAUUGCGCCUUCGACUGGAGUAGAGUCGCAGAGAUUUGGGGAUCCAUCCACGGCCGGGUACAGCUGCACACGGCCCAAGUUUUGCUGCUGAUACGCGAAAGCUACGUUCCUUUUCCUGCCCACUGGCCGACUGAUCUGCUCAGUUUCCUGCGUCUUCUGCUGUAUCCAGCACCGGAACGCCGUAUCGACUCGUUGGCCACACUCAAACGGCAUCCGUACGUGGCUCGGAUCGACUUCUCUGCUGUUCUCGCCAAACGUGCUGCCCCGGUGUUCGUGCCUUGCAAAGAGGGUUUCAAUUGUGAUCCCAUGUAUGAGCUUGAGGAGAGAAUUAUUGUCUCCACUCCAAUCCAUCGACGACGGCAAAAUAAGAGACGAUGCGAAGACGAAUCCGAUGCGCUCAGGGAGAUAUCA